AUGGAUUACGAUUGCUAUGAUAUUCAUAAUAAUGAUGUAAUUAAAAAAUUAAUAGAGUUAAUUUCAAAAAUAGAAAUAAUUGAAAAAAUCAUCAAUAUAGUUACCCAAAGUGAUUUAUUCAAAAUUUUUUCAGGCAAAUAUUCACUAGCAAUAACAUAUUUGGUAUUUAUUGUUUUAAUUGGAUCCUUUAAAUUAAUUGUAAAAUAUAAACAAAAUUGGAGGCUACCAAAAGUUAUUAUUAUUGGAACUCAUGGUUUCUUUUUAAUAUUGGUUGUUUUGGAAAUUAUUAAUGAUUUCUCAAAAUAUGGUUUCUCUUCAUCUUUUUCAAACUCAAAUUCAAGUGAAACAUUUUCUAAUUUCUUUAUGUUAUUCCAUACAAUAAAGAAUGUUGUUGAUUUUGUCAGAGAGAAAAAAGAUAGAUGCACAUGUUUCGAAGAAGAUGAAAGAGAUGGUAUUGAGUUAUUAUCAAGUACAGAAAUCGAACACGAAAAUAACUACAUAAUAGAUCUUAUAAAUUCAAAAAAUAAAAAAAAAUAUAUAAGAUUGGAAUAA